GCCCCACUCUGCUAAUGAGGACAAGGUCACAUGACAGGCCGAUGCUUAACUUAAGCAGUUUGAGGGAUCGAUUCCAUUAUCUCUUCAGCGCAAGAGUCAAUGGAACCCACUCUGGAGCAUGCUGGACUGAAGAAGAAGUCUCAGUCAGUGGAUAUUGCCAGUCAAGGCUUCUCCCCGACUCUGGUGCCCGCCUCGCCCCUCAACAAGGCUGCGCCACCUGUUGCCAAGACAACCACUGUCCUCGCAGUGCAGGAAAACAACACCACCAACUCCCAGCGCCGCAGCCCUCGUUGUGGCGAGCUGAAGAGAGGCUACACCAUAGACACUGGCCAGAAGAAGACUCCAGAAAAGAAGGAUGGGAGGCGCAUGUCGUUCCAGAGACCCAAAGGGACCAUCGAAUAUUCUGUGGAAUCGCGGGACACGUUGAACAGCAUUGCGCUCAAGUUUGACACCACACCCAACGAGCUGGUUCAGCUGAACAAGCUGUUCUCCAGAGCAGUGGUGCCUGGCCAGGUUCUGUACGUUCCUGAUCCCGAGUACGUCUCCAGUGUCGGAAGCUCCCCUUCCCUCAGUCCCAUCAGCCCCUUGUCUCCCACCUCCUCAGAAGCUGAUUUAGAGAAGGUGACGGAAUCUGAUGGCCCCCCCAGACCAGAAGCCGUUCACCCUCCAGUGUUCUCAGCCCUGCGCCAGUCCAGAGUGGUGUCAUCCACCUCCGAGGAGGAAGAAGCCCUCACAGAGAAGUUCCUCAAGAUCAACUGCAAGUACAUCACUGAUGGCAAGGGUGCGGUGAGUGGGGUGUUGUUGGUGACGCCCAACAACAUCAUGUUCGACCCUCAUCGCAUGGACCCCCUGGUACAGGCCCAUGGGUGCGAGGAGUACGGCAUCAUGUGUCCUCUAGAGGAAGUGCAGUCUGCCGCCAUCUGCAAGGAGAUCACUGAGCCCAAGAUCAGAGAGACUGUCCCAGAUGACCUGGAGCCCCUGCCAGUAGAGAGACAUCCCUCACAGCAGAAGGAACCAGACCAGCGUCUGAGGGAGCCUGGGACCAAUGAUAGUGGCAGCACAGCCCCACGCAGCACAGAGGGUUCCUUCUCCGAAGAUGUCUUCACUGAGUCAGAGCUGUCCCCCAUUCGGGAGGAGGAGCAAGCAUCCAGUGAGGAUCUCCGCUUAGACAAGUCCUCCGGCGCUUCCACAGAGUCUGUGCAAACCAUCACCCAGGUGGAGACUGCCAGCUCCCAGACCACAGGCAGUGCCCGUGGCUCAAUCAGCCAGCCGGAUGAACCCGCGGUGGCAAAAGCAGUGGACAAUCCACCAGAUACUGCCACAGAAAACGAUAGCCAGUCCCCCAUGGGAUCCAAGCAACACAGCGUAGAGAAGCCACCAAGCACACCCACUACCACCACCAGCAGCAGCACUAGCCAGGCCCAGGGUCCCAGCCGCAGCACCUCUCGCCCAGGGUCCCAAAGCUCAGCCACCACUGGUGCCACAGACACCACCUCUGUCUCAGCCAGUCCACAGGUGGAUGCCAAUCAGGGCACAGAUCCCUCCCAAACGGACACUAUGCAACAAGGCAAGGAGGAGAAGGAGAACGCAGAGCAGACGCAAAAGGACGGUGUGCAGAACUCUGCAGAGGGUACAGGGUCCGCUGAGAGGCGGAAGCACCGCUCUCACAAGUUCCUGUGUCUGCGAGUGGGGAAGCCCAUGAAGAAGACAUUUGUUUCCAACGCCAGCGCCUCCAUGCAGCAGUACGCCCAGCUGGGCAAGAAGCAUGAGUACUGGUUUGCUGUGCCGCAGGAAAGAUCAGAUCACCUGUAUGUAUUCUUCAAGCAGUGGAGCCCAGACAUGUAUGGUGAGGGGGUCAGAGGGAUUGCACAAGAGCCUGGGUUUAUGGUUGUCAAGAAGAAUGAGGUGACAGAAGCAAAUGAGGACGAGGCCAUCACCGACCUCAAUGUCAAGGAGUGGGAGGUAGUGUCUUUGACGGAGUACCACCGUCGGAUCGAAGCGCUAAACAGCGAAGAUCUGCGCUCGCUCUGCAAACGACUCCAGAUUACCACCAAGGAAGAGGUGAACUCCAAACAUGGCACCGUCAAAACGGAGCUGGAGCCCGAAAUGUUCAAACCCAACCUCAGAGAACCCAGCGAACUCCUGGAGGCCGACCAGAUAGAGAAGCUUGCCAAGAAUCUCCCUCCACGGACCAUUGGGUACCCAUGGACGCUGGUCUUUGGCACAGCAAAGCAUGGCAUGAGCAUUAAGACACUGUACAGAUCCAUGCAGGCCCAGGACACCCCGGUGCUCCUGGUCAUUAAAGACAGCGACGGCCAGGUGUUUGGUGCGUUGGCAUCUGAGCCCUUUAAGGUCAGCGAUGGCUUUUAUGGCACUGGAGAGACAUUCCUCUUCACCUUUAAUCCAGAGUUUGAGGUGUACAAGUGGACAGGUGACAAUAUGUUUUUCAUCAAAGGGGAUAUGGACUCCUUAGCUUUUGGUGGAGGAAGUGGUGAGUUUGGCCUGUGGCUGGAUGGAGACCUUUACCACGGCAGGAGUCACUCCUGUAAAACAUUUGGGAACCCCAUGCUCAAAAAGGAGGACUUUUAUGUGCAGGACAUAGAGAUCUGGGCUUUUGAAUAACAAAACAGUGCAACACAGGGGAAAAAAGAAGUCCUGGGAAGGGCAGAAAGUGAGGAGUCCUCCUCCUAUAGAACACUGGCAAUGUCCCAAACCUAACUGCACAUCACCAGGGCUCCCGGCCGGAAGCCAGCUAUCGGAUGCUUGUUGUGCGUUACUACUGCAGUUAUUACAGAGAUCCUUUGUUUCUUUUUCUUUUCUUUUUUUCCCUUUGUGAAAAAUUACCU